AGCGUGGGAAUAAAAGAACAAAAAUAUUCAUUUUCAGAAAUCGGAAAUAUUUUCAGCUCAAGAGAAAAAUCAAAACCAAAAACCACCAGCUAUGGACUGACUCUCUCUCUCUCUCUCUUUCUCUCUCCGCCCCUCGUUUUCAUCGCUCUCAAACAAUUCUUCCAUGGCGUCUCUCUCAGGUAUCUGUUCUUCUUCGCCGUCUCUCAAGCCUAACAGAAGCUCGAUCUCGAAUCCUUUGGCAGCAGUUCGUACAGAUUCUGUCUCAUUUCCUGCUCGCUCCAAAAUCGCGGACCGGGCACCGAGUUUGGUUCAGUCUCACUCGGUAGCUCGCGAGAUAUCCUCUGAUUUGUCAAAAACGAACGAUGGAUUACCGAAGAUGGCGAAGAAGGGGCUAGAGAAGGACCCACGGGCACUCUGGAGGAGGUACGUUGACUGGCUCUACCAGCAUAAGGAGUUGGGAUUAUACCUGGACGUUAGCCGGGUUGGGUUCACGGAUGAGUUCGUCGAGGAGAUGGAGCCGAGAUUCCAGGCGGCCUUCAAGGCUAUGGAGGAGCUGGAGAAGGGCGCCAUCGCAAAUCCUGACGAGGGAAGGAUGGUUGGUCACUAUUGGCUUAGGAACUCCGAACUCGCGCCAACUUCGUUCUUGCAGACGCAGAUUGAGAACACGCUUGACGCGGUUUGGAAGUUCGCCGAUGAAGUCGUCAGUGGUAAGAUAAAGCCCCCAUCCUCUCCUGAAGGUCGCUUUACUCAAAUACUCUCAGUUGGGAUUGGAGGUUCAGCUCUCGGGCCACAAUUUGUAGCGGAAGCAUUGGCUCCCGAUAAUCCUCCACUAAAGAUAAGAUUCAUUGAUAACACAGACCCUGCUGGAAUUGAUCAUCAAAUUGCACAGCUUGGACCCGAGCUGGCUUCUACACUUGUCGUUGUAAUUUCAAAGAGUGGUGGUACCCCUGAAACUAGAAAUGGUCUGUUGGAAGUUCAGAAGGCUUUUCGUGAAGCUGGCUUGGAUUUUGCAAAACAGGGUGUUGCUAUAACACAAGAAAAAUCUCUACUGGACAAUACUGCGCGAAUUGAGGGCUGGUUAGCUAGAUUUCCUAUGUUCGAUUGGGUGGGGGGUAGGACCUCUGAAAUGUCUGCGGUUGGUCUACUUCCAGCAGCAUUGCAGUCAAUUGACAUCAGAGAAAUGCUUGCUGGUGCUGCAUUAAUGGAUGAGGCAAACAGGACAACUGUGCUGAGGGAUAACCCUGCAGCAUUGCUAGCUUUAUGCUGGUAUUGGGCUUCUGAUGGAGUAGGAUCCAAGGAUAUGGUUGUCCUUCCUUACAAGGAUAGCUUAUUACUAUUUAGCAGAUAUCUGCAGCAGCUAGUCAUGGAAUCACUUGGAAAAGAAUUUGACCUUGAUGGUAACCGGGUGAAUCAAGGACUUACAGUUUAUGGGAAUAAAGGGAGUACUGAUCAGCAUGCUUACAUUCAACAACUGAGAGAGGGUGUGCACAAUUUCUUUGCGACAUUCAUUGAAGUGCUGCGGGAUAGACCUCCUGGUCAUGACUGGGAGCUUGAACCAGGUGUUACUUGUGGGGAUUACUUGUUCGGAAUGUUACAGGGAACAAGAUCCGCACUGUAUGCCAAUGAUCGAGAGAGUGUCACAGUCACUGUGCAGGAGGUGACCCCAAGAUCCACUGGGGCUCUUAUAGCCCUUUAUGAACGGGCAGUUGGCAUAUAUGCCUCUCUUAUUAACAUUAAUGCUUACCAUCAACCUGGUGUGGAGGCUGGGAAAAAGGCUGCAGGGGAAGUACUAGCUCUCCAGAAGCGGGUAUUGGCUGUAUUAAAUGAAGCCAGCUGUAAAGAACCUGUUGAACCCUUGACGCUUGAUGAAAUAGCAGAGCGUUGCCAUGCUCCUGAAGAUAUUGAAAUGAUUUACAAGAUAAUUGCACAUAUGGCUGCAAAUGACAGAGCCCUUAUUGCCGAAGGCAGUUGUGGAUCACCACGCAGCGUCAAAGUUUUUCUCGGGGAGUGUAAUGUAGAUGAACUGUAUUAACAUUUUCUAUUUGAUGCAUAGUUGUUUUUGUUACAGGAAAGAGCUCCAGCAAACCAGGUUUCUUUUUUUUCUUUGCUCGUUUUUCCCUCUCCUUUUGUCGUUGCCAGUUAUAUUUAGCAAUAAAGUUGCAUUGUUGCCCGGUAAUUUGAAAUGAGCUGAAGUUAACAUUAUCAGAAUAAUAUAUCUUCAAUUCUUUCUGUUG